AUGGGGGUGUUCAACGCGCUGGUUAGCGGCUCGUUCUUGCCGUGGCGUCGAGCCAACCGCGAGACGGACUACGAAAGCGUGCUGGCUCGUCUCGAGGGCGAGAUCAACGACGUGCAAUCUCGCCUCACACAGAUCCGGCUGCGCGAGCGACGCGCCUCGGUCACUCUCACGCUACAGGCCUUCGUGCUCUGGGCGAUCUAUACGGCAGUAUGCUGGUUCUUUGGAUUGCUCACGCUGCGUCGUCCACACUCGGGCUCGAAGCACAGUGCGAUGCUGGUUUGGCUUCCCGUGCUGGGUAGUCCCGUGCUGAUCAUCUCGACGCGCAGAAUCGUCCGCUGGUGGUACCGUCGCAUCGGAGCGGCUGAAGACAAGCACCUCAUCGACCUGAGGAGGCAGAAGAGGGAAAAGGUGGACGAGAUCAAACGCGCCACAAAGUACGACCAUCUGCGUAUGCUGUUGGACAAAUACGAUGAGGGUGGUCCCAAGCCAGCCGAGGUAGCCACGCCAGUCAAGCAAAAAGCGGGGUCCAAGUCGGGAUCGCCUUCGUCGAAGCAGGGGACACCGCCGGCGGGAGCCAGCACAAGCACCCCGCCACGUCCAGGCAAUGUGCCUGCGCUGUCGACGCCGGAAGCGCACGCACUGCAGGCGCAGCGUAUGGCACUCAUGCGCCAACAAGGUGGUGUUGGCAUCCCCGCCCCCGUCCGUCCUCCCGUAGUGCUGCAAAAGACGUGGAUGGACAAGGUGGCGGAUGCGAUCCUCGGAGCCGACCCCACCGCGACGGGAGCCGAGCAGAAGUAUGCGCUGAUCUGCGCACGCUGUCACAUGCACAACGGCCUGGCACUCAAGGAGGAGUUCCACGAAGUGCAGUACGUCUGUCCGCACUGCGGGCACUUUAACUCGCGCCGCCCCAGCUCGGCACCCGUCAGCUCGCCGUUCAACACCACCGCCAACCGUCCGCGCGCCUCGGACCCUGGUCCUGCAGCACAUACGGUCGAGACACCGUCCAAACCCAGCCGCACGCGCGACGGCGGCAGCAGACUCAAGCUGCGCGCCGACGAGUCGGACGACGAAGACGCUCCCCCACACACCACGCUCCAGGACGAAUCGAACCACAAAGACGCGGUCAGCAUCGAUAGUCAAGAACCCAAGGAGCCACCAAGAUCGCUGCGCGCCCGAAAGUCGACGCAGCCCAAAGACGGCAUGGACCUCGACGAGUAA